AUGCCCCUUAGCCCGCCCAUUGGCCCACCCCCUCCCCUUCCCCCUUGCCUCUCCUUGACCCACUCCCCCCCCCCCCCCCUUGAUCCCCCUCCCCUCUUGGCCCCCCCCCCCUCCUCCCCCAUGCCCUUCUCCCUCUUCCCCCCCUCCUCCCCCCCUCCUUGCCUUGACCCUUGUUGCCCCCCUUGCCUCCCUGGGGCCCCCUCCCCUCCCCCCCCCUUGCCCCUUGCCCCCUUCCCCCCCCCCCUUGCCCCCCCGCCCUCCCCUCCCUUGUACCCCUUCCCCCCCUCCCCUCCCCUCCCCCUUUGCCUCCUCUUGCCCUUGCCCUUGCCCCUUGCCUUCCCCUCCUCCCCCGUGUCCCCCCCUCCCCCCUCCCCUCCCCCCCUUGAUUCCCUCCCCUUCCCUCCCCCUUGCCCCCUUCCCUGCCCCUUCCCCCCCUUCCCUCCUCCCUCUCCCCCCUUGCCCCCCCCUCCCCUCCUCUUCCCCCCUCCCUCCCCUACCCCCCCUUUGCCCUUGAUCCCCCCUUCCCUCCCCUUGGAGGGCACCCUUGCCCUCCCCGUCUUGAUGACUGUCUCAAUCCUGCCGCACACGGCGCCUGAGUUCCUCCAGGAUUACAAACCUCCUCCGUUUAACUACGAAGACCCGUCCCUGCGCUACAUCCGCCACUGCAGCCCCCGCCUCAUCGACAACCUGCCCCCGCGCCAGAGGAUGCACCACACGCCCUACAUGCACGACCUGAGGCGAUGA